AUGAGAGAGCAUAUGGCAGACACCACAUUUACUUAUCUAGCACCAUCGACGGUCCACCUUCCCCCAUCACUCUUUCCUUUAACAUUCAUCACAUCAUGCUCACUGGGGACCACACCCCACAACCUCACCACCCAAAAACAAAAGGCCACGCCACGUGCUACAUUCUCAUUGGCCCCCACCUCUCCAUGCUGCCCCACAGCAAUACUCCCUCCCUGCCACAAGGAAAGUAAAAGGUACGCCACGUGUCACUCCGGGAACGUCACCAUGACGACCAAUGCUAUACCUCUCUCCAUGACUAUGUCAUCAAUGUGGGCCCUCACUUUCCACGUCAUCAGUGUGUGA